CCUAGUCAGGUUCAGAGAAAAAACAUAACUAAAAUACCCGAUACACUCAUACACUCAUACCCCUGUGCUUCCUAAAAUACCCUUUUCAAUGCAAUUAACCCUAGCUAAACCUCUCUCACCCUCGGCUCACCCUUUCCCUUUAGAUUAACUUAAAACUAAAAUUUAUGGAACCAAAAUCCUAUUCUCGGAUUGAAUUAAGUUUUUCAGUUUCCUUUUAGUUUUGGUUGAUUGAAGGAAGAGGAAAAGUUUAAUUUGAUCUUUGCUUUCGUUAAACGUUUUUUCUGUUUGGUUGGAAUCCCAGCAGAACUAGUAAGAGAAUGAACUGACUGUAUUGUGGUAUGGAUUUCUUUAGCUUCGUUUCUGUUUGUUUGCAAGCUUGGAAUCCCGGCCAGCUGAGAAGCUCCUCCGGGGACUGGAAACACUUGCCUCCUGACUUUGUUGGUCCGGCGGUCCAUGCAAUCAAUUUUCCUCCGGCGAGAAGUAAAUAACCAAUUAAUGGCCUCAUUGGUCCGUUUAUUUAGGUUUUAAUACAUCAGUUAUGUUAUUUGAUGUUAUUGGGUCUUUAAUGAUCCGUUACAAGUGAUUAAUGAGUCACUAAAGCUGUCCUUUUAUGGCGCUUUACAACCUUUAUGGUUGGUUUAUAUAUCAAAUUACGGGAUAGAAAGAAUUAAUUUCUGACGUCUUUAAUGAUCCGUUACAAGUGAUUAAUGAGUCACUAAAGAUGUCCUUUUAUGGCGCUUUACAACCUUUAUGGUUGGUUUAUAUAUCAAAUUAUGGGAUAGAAAGAAUUAAUUUCUGACGUUCAUAAUUAAUUUCUGACUUUCAGAAUUAAUUAAUUUAUUGGGCUAGUGCAGUAAAACAAAUCCAGUGUCUAUUUUAUGGUUGGGAUUUGAAAUAUGGAGGAAUUGGAUGAUUAAUUAAGGAAUUUAGUAACAUUUCCGUCUUUGUCCAUUUUUCAUAUUAAUUGGGACCAAUGGAUAAUUAUGAAAUUAAUUGUUACCAUAUUAAUUGUAUUCAUAUUCUUUCUUCAUAUGGCAAUGCCUCAAAGUCAUACUUCCCACAGUAGUGGCCCAUCAAACUCGUGGAGUAAACUGCCUUAACCGAUGGCCUGUCUGCUGGAGACAUCGAGAAAGCAUUGAACUUUUAUUAUUCAGAUGCCCCUUAGCCAUCAGAUUGUGGACUUUAGUGGGAUUGAGCAACUUUAUUGAGACCGCCCAGACUGUUAACUUUAGUCUAUGGUGGCGACAUGUCAUGGUCUCCGAGACCUCCCCAUUCCACAUUCUCCAAUGCGUCUGUUUACUUUGGAGAAUCUGGAAGUCUAAAAAUAAAGUGACCUUUGAAUUUAUCCAACCUCAUGUCCGUACCCUAGCCAGACAGUUCUACAACCAGGUCCUCGAAAUCUCCAAUCUUCUUCUUCCCCCUCCUCCCCGCCGCUCUCUACUUCGAAUCCUUCCUGCCACCACUUGGGUCUCUCCACCAGAAGGCUUUUUGAAGAUCAACGUCGACACAGCUGUUUGUGCCUCCGGGUGUUCGUAUGAGCUUAUUAUCCGUGGGUCAGACGGGCAUGUGAUGUUGGCGUUCGGGUUGCAACAUCAAGGGAUAUUGCUUGGCCCACGAGAUAGUCGAAGGUGACUGCGAAGUGGUCGUCAACCAAGUCCGUCAAGGCGUCUUAGAAGACUCGAUUGGUGGUCCGGUGUUACGAGAUUGUCUUUUGAUCCUUAGCUCUUUGUCUGUUUGUAUAGAGUUUAGGGCGGUACCUAGAUCCGCCAUCAGUGCUACCCAUAGAGUGGCGCGUAAAGCACUGCUUUUGUCUCGUGUAGAGCUAGAAUCUUUUGAUUUUUGGGGUGGCUUCUUUAGAGUCUUUUAGGGGUCCUGGGUAGAAUUGUAAGCUUAACUAUUAUUUUCCAUUGAUAUCACUCAGAAAUAAUAAUAAAAAAUCCAAGCCGCCGCAAACUCCAUCCCACCUCCAUCGUGUAAGACCCAACCGCAAAUCACCGGCGUGAGUAGAGGUAAGAAGAAGUGCUCCGCCAUCUCUCGCCACCUCCCCCCGCCGCAAUCGCGUUGUCGUUCCGUUGCCCCCAGCUCGUCCGAUCGCGUCCCAGGAGGUAAGAAUGGCGACACUGACUUUCCUUUCCAAUCCCAGGUCGAGCUUUAGCUGACCGAUUCAUGGUUUCAUCAUAAUGUCAACAGCGGCGACGGGAGGAACGUAGACGCCAGCCGCCGAACUCAUCCUCUCUCCGAUCGACCCAACCAACACUCUCAAAUUCAGUCAUUCUCCUUGAACUCCAAUGGUAAUGAUCUCGAUCCCAACUUGUCUCCAAGCUCGGUUUAAGCCUUGAAUAACCCAAAGCAUGUAUAUUUGAUCCUAGCUUCGACGUCGACGUUGCGGGGGGGUUGAACGACGUUCAAGCAAAGGGAGACCUACGCUCGGGAUCAUCAAAUACUGAUGUGGAGUCGUGUUGGGGUAAGUUAUCGAAUCCUCGACGUUUAACAUGAAUCAAAUAAGGAUAUAUGCGUUCAUGCCUGUUCAGGAGUUUUAGCGACGGGAUUUAAAGGGCUUUAGUGACGGAUUUCGAGCCGUCACUAAAACUUCUGGGAAUUUCCAGAUCAGCCCCCUUAGAUUUAAAUGCAAUUGAUUUGGUCCCUGAACUUUGGUAUUUUACCAGAAUCGCCCCAAAGUUGUUAUUUGAUAAAAUUGAUUCUUACAU